CUCUCAGAACCCGAGCAUUCACGAGGAAUAAGCAAAUAGCUAGUAAGAAUGCCCGACGAAAAGUGCACAACCUCCAUGUGUAAAAGAGAUGGAUUCAGAUACAUUGGCUGAGCAAAUCAAAGAACACUUUAAGUACGAUGCCUCUGAAGCUCCGGCACCGCCGCUUAAGCAACCGUUUGUAAUCGGUAAAAAUAUUGUUUCACCUACAGAGAAUGACACACAGAAUAAUGGAUUCAUUUGUUUCUCUGCACCAUGUUUGUUAACAUAUGAUAUGCUGUGUUGCUGGCGGCACUGCAUCUGGAAAAACAACUGUUUGCGAUAUGAUUAUUGCUCAGCUUCAUGAUCAACGAGUUGUUCUUGUAAAUCAAGAUUCAUUUUAUUGCCCGUUAAGUGAUGGGAAAUUAGAAAAAGUAAUAGAGAUUAAUUUUGACCAUCCAGAUGCCUUCAAUACAGAACUUCUGCUUGCUUGCAUGGAUAAGCUUAAAAAUGGACAAGCAGUCAGCAUUCCAAAUUAUGAUUUCAAGACUCAUAAGAACAUUGAACCAGGACGUAAGAUUAAUGCCUCAGAUGUCAUUAUUUUAGAAGGAAUACUGGUUCUUCAUGACCCUCGCGUUCGUGAUCUUAUGAACAUGAAGAUCUUUGUUGACACAGAUUGUGAUGUGCGGCUUGCACGGAGGAUACAACGUGAUACUGUUGAGAGAGGCAGAGACAUUGAUAAUGUGCUUGACCAAUAUGAUAAGUUUGUUAAGCCUAGUUUUGAGGAAUACAUUCUCCCAUCUAAGAAAUAUGCAGACAUUAUAAUCCCUCGAGGAGGAGAUAAUGACAUUGCAGUUGACUUGAUAGUACAACAUAUUCGUACGAAGCUUGGCCAGCAUGAUAUAUGUAAAAUAUACCCAAAUGUUUUUAUUAUACGUCUGACAUUUCAGAUUCGUGGAAUGCACACCCUUAUACGUGAUGUUAAAACAACAAAGCAUGACUUUGUCUUUUAUGCAGAUCGACUUAUUCGCCUGGUUGUGGAGCAUGGUCUAGGACAUCUUCCUUUUACUGAAAAACAGAUCACUACUCCAACAGGAUCUGUAUAUUCUGGAGUGGUUUUCUGUAGAAGGUUGUGUGGGGUCUCAAUUAUUAGAAGCGGGGAAAGCAUGGAGAAUGCAUUACGAGCAUGUUGCAAGGGAAUCAAAAUCGGUAAAAUCCUCAUCCAUGGAGAGGGUAACGAUGGCCGACAGUUAAUAUAUGAGAAUCUGCCAGACGACAUUGCAAGCCGCCAUGUGUUAUUGCUUGACCCAGUUCUGGCUUCAGGAAAUUCUGCUGUCAAAGCUAUAUCUCUGCUGCUCAGUAAGGGUGUGGCAGAAUCCAACAUCAUCUUCCUUAACCUUAUAGCAGCACCUGAAGGCAUACAUGCUGUUUGUAAGAAAUUUCCAACAUUAAAAAUCGUGACAUCGGAGAUUGAUAUGUCACUGAACAAGGACUUGCGAGUGAUCCCAGGCAUGGGGGAGUUUGGAGAUCGAUACUUUGGCACAGAUUAAACAGUUCUUCCCCUUUGAACAGUAGUCAAAAAUCGAAAGAAUCCCUCAACAGCUGUGAUUAUUUUAUUCAUUGAUUUUUUAGUAUUAUUGGAUUCGGUUUUUUUUCACUCGGAGCGUUCUUACUCAUAAUUCAAUCGAGUGUCUAAAUAAUUCAAUUCCAUAAGAGUACAAAUUUUUUGUCCAGUGAAUUGUUUGUGGUUCCUUCUUUAGUCACAGUUAUGGGUGUAGACAGUUAUUUUUCAGAAA